AUGCCAAUACGAGUACCUCUGGGAAGACGGGCGCGGUACAAGAAGGCGACGAAGCUGCCGGCGCCCGAGUACGUCGACGCGCUCAUGAACUGGGCUCAGGGGCUGCUCGACAACGAGGAGAUCUUCCCGAGCGAGAUGGGGAAACCGUUCGGGAAGACGUUCCGGGAGACGAUUGGGCGGCUCUUUAGGCGGCUCUUCCGGGUGUACGCGCACCUGUACAGCAACCACUUUGAGCACAUAUGCGCGCUGGGCAUCGAAGCGCACCUGAACACGAGCUACCGGCACUUUUUCCUUUUCGUGAACGAGUUCGAUCUCGUGGACAAGCGCGAGCUGGCCCCUCUCGACGAGUUGAACGAGGCGAUCUUGGCAGAGGACAAGAGCCGGUAG